AUGCACGCGUUAAUACUGAGGACAGAUGCUGGACAUCGUCUUCUCUCACGAUACCGCAGGACACUGAACAAUAGGGAUCUCGACCAAUCCAUAAAGCACUUCAAACGUGCCUAUGAUCUCUGCCCCACGGAUCAUCUCUGCCGCCCUGUAGCACUGUUCAAUCUAGCCACCGUGAAGUUUGUUAGUUGCCAAACUAGUGGAUCAUACCCCGACCUUGACGACCCUAUCUCACUCUUCCAAGACACCCUUGAUUUGCGUCCCACUGGUCAUCCGGACCGGCCCGCCACCCAACUCCAUCUUGCUGUGGCUCUGCUAUCUCGUUUUGUGAAAGGGCAUUGUCAAAUAGAUGCGGAUGCAGCUGAAGAAUCACUGAAUGCAAACCAUGUCGGAAUGGAGGGAACAACUACACCCAUGCUUCCGUGUUUGCCGGACAAACUAUUUCAUCGAGCGAACCUUUGCAACAUCGAAGACCUCCACAAGGCUAUCGCGCUUCACAGAGAAACGCUGGCUUUACGCCCUGUCGGUCACCCAGAUAGGUCAUCGUCAUUAAAUAACCUUGCCAAUGGACUUUGCACCCGCUUCAAGCACUUAUUCGACCCAUCCUCGAUUUGCUUGCCAGCGAUAAUGAAGAAGCGGCCACGACAGCUGUCCGAGGGUUAUUGCAUCUAA